CUUGACCCGGGUCUGUCUGUCAGCCCCAUCUGCCCGUCACACAGUGGACUAUGCCCCCCUCCGUCGGCUGAGGGAGCGUGAGCCAGGUGCUGCUCAGGCUCCCACCUGGAGAAGGCUGGGACCGAAUCAUAGAAGACACGCUGGCCGGUAAGGUUAUUGCUGAAGAUGCAAGCUUCAACUGUCUCACCUGUGACCAACCUUACCACUGUCGUCCCGAACACAACCACCACCACCAAGUCCAAAGAACAAAUACUCAUCCAGAGCUCUGGGGCUAUGAUUGCUGUCAUCGUUAUAGGUGUCAUCAUCAUUCUCACCAUUCUGCUCGUCAUCUUAAAGACAUACAACAGGUACACUCAUGUCUCCAGAGUGCUGGGAGCCGGUGGGGGCUCCAAACCUCCACAGAAAAAGAUGUCAGCGUCCACCGUGCAGAGCAGCAUGCCAAUGAGCAACCUCGGGGUCAGCUGUGUGUCAGGCAGCAUCGUCAGUUCAAACCCGGUCUCUGAGAACGGCUUCCACCUCCCCACGGUGGAACCGAACAGCACCGAGGGGAACCACAUAGAGCAGUCCAGUACCAAUAGUGGCUCUACUGUGGUCACAAUACACGACGCCCCGUCUUUAGGAAACACAUAGCAACAACAAAACUGUGAAUUCUUCAGGAGGCUGCUGAGCGCAAAAACGCGGUACCAGCUGACGUGUUGCCUUUCUUCGAAACCACUUAGUAUGUGUACAUUUGAGUUCAUACUUUCUGUAUUCUUUAGUUAAUACAGGUCGACUGAAUCGUGCACAAAAAUUAGCUCGUGACGUAAGUGUUGUCAGUGUCAAUCUUCCAUAGGUGACCGCCUGGAUAAUAGGAGAGAGACCCUGCGCCCUGCGCAAAAUUAGACAUUAUGAACAAAAUGGUACCAAUAAAGACAGAAUGGAUGGGUGAUGUAUGAAAUCAAAAGUACACCAUUUUUUUUUUUUUUGUGUAAAUAUGAACAUUUGCUUCAGUCAGUGUUCAGAGUACAAAGGCCAUUGUCUCUACAGUGAAACUUGCAGCAUUGCUGUCACCAGUCAGAUGACUGGGGAACACGUGCUGCAGAACGUUAAGGAAUCUAAAGGCCUGUCAUGUCCGGCCUCGCGCAUGUACAUUUCUCUGCUGUGAAGGACAAUACAGGGUUCAGGAUUAAAGGUGGCUUUAACGAGAGCACAAAGUUCAGAGGAGACGAAGAGGGUAUGAAACAAGAUAUCAGAAUCACGCCGGCAAUGCAUCAGCAUAGGUUGUCACAGCAAGUGAUGGCUGGUGCGAUGCAGAGAUUGUGUAUAUUUUUUGACAACUGGGUCAAAACUGCACCAUGAUACAGAACAUACUUCCGUGCUGUUUGAGUUAUCUUGGGUCACACUACCUCUGCCUUCUGCACAUUGAGGAAAAUGAAGAGUUUUUCAAGAAUCUAACAUGAGAGGUCAUGUUUUGUUUUUUGUUUUUUUUUAUACCACACAGAUUAAACAGACUACAGAGAUAUUUUUGUGAAAUUGUGAUCCUAUUUUAAACUCUUGUAAAAGAUUGGAUAACAGCCUAUCCUUGUGCUGAAAUGAAUCUGACACCAAAGGAUUGUGCACUUUAUUUCCCUUGUUCAUUCCACUGUAUUUUUUA